CAUAGUGACUGAAGCUGGAAUACUACUGGAACUUUCUACCCCGGGGUAUAAAAGUGGCAGGCUGAGUGCACAGAACCAGAAGCAGCGAGACAGCUGAGACAAGCAAACGGGAAAGAAAGAACCAGCACAGCAGCGCUGAUCACUGAUCCAAAAUGCUUUGCCCACGCACAUUUCAGCCUCCCUUCAGCCCAUUUGUGGACUUCCACUGGCCAGUGCGCAGUCUUUGGCCUGAGACAAGACCUCUUUUCUACCAGAUUGAACAAGAAAUGCUGAGGCACAUGCAGGAGAUGCAACACAGCUUGGAGUUCAUGGAGCGACUCCACAGGAGGAUCUUCGAUGAGAUCGACCAUACUUCACCUUCAGCUGUGUUCCAACCCAUCUCAUUCCAGCUGGGCAAAGAAAACAACCGCUUCGCAGUGACCCUGGACACGAAAGAUUUUGCCCCUGAGGAGCUUUUCGUCAAACAAGUGGGCAAGAAGCUGCGUGUGAGCGGAAAGUCAGAGAAGAAGCAGGAUGAUGGGAAAGGAUCAUACUCAUACAGAUGCCAAGAAUUCCGCCAGGAGUUUAACCUUCCUGAUGGCGUGAACCCUGAGGCAGUAACCUGCUCUUUAAAUAAUGGCCAGCUACAGAUCCAAGCACCUAAGGAGACCUCUGCUGGGGCAAAUGAGAGAGUGGUGCCUAUUACAUAUACUCCUGCUGUGAACAGCCCUCCAGUUCAGAGUGCAGAGCCACAGAGCCAGGGUGAGCCGGCCCAGGAAGAGUCCGCUAAGAAUGCAGAUCAGUCUCAUUAAUGUACUACACUGAUUAAUGACCAUAUACUUUCGAUCUAAUUUAUUACAAAUUGUAUAGGUGUUUUUAAUACUGUGUUCAACUUCUUGCAACAGUACAAAUAUGAUCACAUAAUGUUAACUUAUUUGGUUUUGUUAGAUUUGGACUGUGGGGAUGCACCUCAUUGUUUAAACAUUUCACUGGAAUAACUGGCUUAUUCGUGUUGGAAAAUAUUAAAGUUUUUCUUUUCCAUCAAAAAUA